AUGGAUCACGAGGGGGAGAGACCCCCGGGGGGCGAAAGCCCUUCUUCUCCGGACAAGGAUAAGUGUAAAGAGAAACACACUCAUGAUGAGUUCCUUGCACAGGAUUCGAAUGAACGCAGUAAAAGGAUUAUCAGGAAGACCAAGCGGAACGGAACCAUUUCGGCGUAUUCGCCAGCGCAAAUAUCGGAGCCAGUGUAUCAGUGGGAGGUUUCCAGCAACGAUCGUGUCUUCUACGACAAGAUGAACGACCUGAUCAUUCACCAAAACGUGGCCGCGAAGGCCCUGCUCGUAACAGACAUCAAGAAAAUGAAGGAGAACUACCAAGCCGUGUAUGUGAAGUUCGAUUCAGAAUUGUGUGAACACAUAACUUUCGCUCCAAACAACACUUUCUUCCUCUACCACUCAACCAACCCGAAUAGGAUUCAGAUUUCUGAUAUUUUGAACAACCACAAUAUAUAUUUGAGUGUGUGCAUAAGUAAUCUGAGCGAGUGUAAAAUCCUGGCUACCUUCUGGCUCCACGCUUGUAGGAACGAGGCCGGAGAAUCCAACACUGGCACAUCCUCUCCUUCGUCUCCUACAUCUACCGCCUCUGCCGCUGCUACCUCUUCGGCCGACUUUGCUGUGGUGACCAACCAGGGAGUAGAGAUUUUCCACCUCUCCUUCGACAACUUAACGAUAACGCCCUUGAAGAAACACGUAAUGAAAAGCGAGCAGUGUUGGUAUGAUGAGAAGAGCUCCUACAUCGCCCUGCUUUCGAGUACCCACAAAACACAUGUCAUCUUCCCCUACCUACUAAACAACAGUAAUGCUAUAAAAUUACAGAAAAUCGAGUUAAAUACGCCAAAGGGAGAACCCAUCAGCAAAAAUGACAUAGAAAUCAUUACUCUGUAUGAUGAAACCUACUGUAUUCAUAAGGAUUAUAAAAAUGGGAGAAUCUCUUUUCGAUGUUUAUCUUCCUCUUUAUCGUUCGACUAUGUACUGGACUUGUUUUGCAACGGAGUGUUCGAAACCUUUUCCGUGGAUAAUAUUUUUGGUGUAUUUAAUUAUGCCAAUGAGAAGGUGUACCUAUAUGAUGUAAAGUACCAGAAGAAAAGGAAGACCAAUUUCAUUACUUCCCUUUCCGAGCAUAUAAGUAGUAGCCAUACCAUUAACAUUGCUUAUUUGACCUCCCCGAAGGAAUUUCGAACGCACCUUGUGCUAAGCCAUAUUUCUUUUCACCCUUUUAAUGUCUUGAUGGACAACCAAUAUGGAAAUGUCUAUAAGAUUCGCGUGGAUUACGACCUCUUCAUGCUCCAGAUUUGCCAACACUUCGCCAACCUGAACACUUCCGUGGAUGUGCUCCUGCGCAGACCAAAUUGCAAAAAAAGAAUCACCGAAAUGUUCUUCCUGUCAUUGGAAAACGACAUUCAGAUAGAGGAUUUCCUCACCAUCGUAAAUAUCAUUAACCUAAACUAUCGCAAGUUGAUUGAGCAAUCUGCAAAGAAAAGAGCUCCCCUAUCUGUAAGAGCAGCUAACCACAAAAUUAUUCAACCCGUAGAUGAUAUCAUUAAAAAUUUGGGAAAUAAAACACUCAUCACGGAGAGGGAUAUCGUCACUGAUGUAUUCCAUUCCUUCAUGAUUAAAAAAUAUGGUCUGGACAGAAAGGAGACCUUGUUCAAUUUUUCACUUAAUUUUCGACAAAUGGAGAAAGCCAAGAGGGAGAGGAAGAGAUCAAUCGGUGGAAGGGAUGAGCAAGGCGAUAGGUACAUGGAGAAGUACAGAAUUAGGAGGAGGAGUCCCGAAAAUGUAGAUGGGAAUGCCGAAAGAGAUAGGGUAUCACCCAGAACAGAGGAAAGUACUAUCCAUGAGGAGGAGUACAGACUGAAACUCAGCUACUCCGAGCUCCAGAGCAUUCCCAUGUUCCUCCUGUACGUUUUGGAGUAUAUGAAAUCACUUCUUAUGUUGAAUAUCAUCCCGAAUAGAAUCCUGCAGACCUUCCUCUUCGACAUUUGUAUCUUCUACGAGCAGGACAAUUGUCUGCGCCAGUUGUUGCAGUUCUAUGUGAUAGCCGAUUCGGUCGAAGUAACCAAGCGGUUGUUUCAUUACUGGAAGUUGACGCAACACACCUGGGCUUAUCAACUGUGUCUGGACAUGUCCUUACGACUAGGCGAAUAUGAAAUGGUCCUUCAUCUCUUCCUAUCUGCAAACAAAUACAUAAAAAUUAUUGACUUCAUAAGGAAACACAAUCUCAUUGAUUAUCCCAUUGCAGUAAUUCUUCAAGCCAUCGAAAAUGAUUUCGACUCUCCCGAUAAAUAUAUCAUACUUAACCAUGUCCUUUCUUCCCUCACCAGAUGGAUUCACGACUCGGAUCGCGACCCCGAGAAAUAUCCCCUUCCGAACCUGCAGAACUGCGAAAAGUGGGUAACGUUAGUUGAAGAGUAG